AUGGCGGCAGCAAGCGAGGACAAAGGCGCCAUUAGCGCUCUAAACCGGACCAACACACGAAGCGACGACAGCGCACCCAACGAGAAGCGCGGUUCGAUCUCCAACUCCUUCCGCCAGAGCGGAGAGGUUCAUGUCAGCAGCCAGAAUGUCGACCAGCUCCAGCGACACUUGACGAACCGACACAUUCAGCUUAUCGCUAUUGGUGGCUCGAUUGGUACUGCUCUAUUCGUUAGCAUUGGUACCGGCCUACAGCGCGGAGGCCCGGCCAGCCUGCUCAUCGGCUACACGCUUCAUUCUGUCAUGGUCGGCCUUGUCAACAACUGUAUGGCCGAGAUGUGUGUUUACAUGCCAAUCACUGGAUCGUUUAUUCGAUAUGCCGGCAAGUGGGUGGACGAAGCCCUCGGUUUCAUGGCGGGUUGGAACUUCUUCCUUUAUGAAGCAUUCCUCAUUCCGUUCGAGAUCUCUGCGCUCAACUUGAUUCUAACCUUCUGGCGUGACGACAUUCCUGCAGCUGCAGUCUGCGUUGCUUGCAUCGUCCUCUACGGACUGCUCAAUGUCGUUGCCGUCAAGUACUUCGGCGAAGCAGAAUUUUGGCUGGCUAGCGGUAAGCUUUUGCUCAUCGCAAUGGCGUUCUCCUUCACCUUCAUAACCAUGGUCGGCGGUAACCCUCAACACGAUGCCUAUGGCUUCAGAACUUGGAAGAACCCGGGAGCUUUCGCUGAGUACAUCAAUACCGGCGAUCUUGGCCGUUUCCAAGGCCUGCUAGCCUCCAUCUUCUCCGCUGGAUUUACGGUCGUCGGCCCCGAAUACAUUUCCAUGGUGGCUGGCGAGGCCCAGAGGCCUCGUAUCUACCUGAAGCAAGGUUUCAAGACGGUAUACUGGCGUUUCGGUAUUUUCUUCAUCGGCAGCGCCAUCGCCAUUGGCAUUGUAGUGCCCUACAACGACCCAAAGCUCGAAAACGCUGGCGCCGGAACCGCUGAUGGCUCGCCCUACGUCAUUGCUCUGAAGAACAUGGGCAUUGACGUCCUUCCUCAUAUCAUCAACGCCCUUCUUUGCACAAGUAUAUUCAGCGCCGGCAAUGCCUACACCUACUGCGCUAUGCGCAGUCUCUACGGUCUUGCCCUCGAUGGCCAGGCACCGCCCAUCUUCAAGAAGUGUCUCAAGAAUGGCAUUCCCAUCUGGGCUUUCGCGCUGGUCAUGCUAUUCCCAUUGUUGUCAUUCUUGCAGGUUUCAAACAAUACGGCAAAGGUCGUGACAAUGUUGCAAAGUUUGACGCAGGCCGCGCAGCUUCUCAACUAUGUCAUCAUUUGUGUAGUUUAUGUGUUCUUCUACAGAGCCUGCAAUGCCCAAGGCAUCAUCCGGAGAAAUCUGCCAUACUAUGGGUACUUCCAGCCUUACUGCGCCUACAUUGGAAUCGUGUGGAUGACAUUCAUGGUCACCUGCUUCGGCUACGCUACCUUCCUACCGGGCCAUUGGGAUACCCUGACCUUCUUCUCUUACUACACGAUGAUCUUCGUGGGCAUCAUCACUUUCUCGGCUUGGAAGCUGUACAAGAGAACACGCUUUGUUCCUGCUGCCGAGGCGGAUCUUAUCUGGGAUAAGCCUAUCAUUGACGCAUACGAGGCACAGUUUACCGACCCACCGAGCUCGUUUCGGGGUAGUAUUCGCAAGCUAUUUGGGAAGAACAAGAAGCAUGAAUCAGAAAUGGUCGCAUGA